CUGGGAAAAGGGGAAAACGCGGCAGCGCACACCUUGGAGACGCGCGAGGAGCAGAGACUGGGGGCGGAGCUCGAGCGAUCCGGGGCUCGCCGCCGGCGGUCUGUAGUUGCCUGCAGCCUCCCACCCCGGGACUGCGGCUUGUCUUCGGAGUCGCUGCUGACAUCUCCCGAAGGCCGGCUUCGGCUCCCCAGGCGCCAGGCGGGCGAGACCGCGUCCUCCGCCGUGCCCGGGCGCUCCGGCCGCGGCGAGCUCCGAGCGAAGCCAAGGGCACCCCCCGACCCCCCGAGCCCGCCUCCACCGCGGGAAGGCUGGGAGCCGGGGCGGCGGGGGCGGGGGAAGGGGCGGGGGCAGCGGCCCGGCUUCAGGAAGCGGAGGCCGCCCGGGCGUCGGUGCCACGCUCUCCGCUGCGAUGAGCUCCGAGCCUGCGCUCCGCCCGGCUCGCGGUGCGGGUGAAGAACAAAACAUGACCGAAAUAGAUGCCUUCCCUAGGAGAGAAAUGUUUGAUCCGGCUGAAAAGUACAAAAUGGACCACAAGAGGAGAGGAAUUGCAUUAAUCUUCAAUCAUGAGAGGUUCUUCUGGCACUUAACCCUGCCAGAGAGGCGGGGCACCAGUGCCGACAGAGACAAUCUUAGGCGCAGGUUUUCAGAUCUAGGAUUUGAAGUAAAAUGUUUUGAUGAUCUUAGAGCAGAAGAACUAUUGCUCAAAAUUCACGAGGCAUCAACUGCCAGCCACGUAGAUGCAGAUUGCUUUUUGUGUGUUUUCCUGAGUCACGGUGAAGGCAACCACAUCUAUGCAUAUGAUGCCAAAAUUGAAAUUCAGACGUUAACAGGCUUGUUCAAAGGAGACAAGUGUCAGAGCCUGGUUGGAAAACCCAAGAUAUUUAUCAUUCAGGCGUGUCGGGGCAGCCAGCACGACGUGCCGGUCAUCCCUCUGGAUGCCGUUGAUCACGGGACACACAGGCUGGAUGCCAACCUAACCCAGGUGGACGCGGCCUCGGUUUACACACUUCCAGCUGGAGCCGACUUCCUCAUGUGCUACUCUGUGGCAGAAGGUUACUAUUCUCAUCGGGAAACUGUGAAUGGUUCAUGGUAUAUUCAAGAUUUGUGUGAGAUGCUGGGAAAAUUCGGCUCCUCUUUGGAGUUCACAGAACUCCUCACCCUGGUGAACAGGAAGGUUUCUCAGCGCCGAGUAGACUUCUGCAGAGACCCAAGUGCGAUCGGAAAGAAGCAGGUUCCCUGCUUUGCCUCAAUGCUAACUAAAAAGCUGCACUUCUCUCCAAAAUCUAAAUGAUAGGUGCUAUUUUGUUUUAUGUAUUCAAAAUAGAUUUUCUCUUUUCAUAUAAAGGAGUAUCACUUGGUUGAAGCAAUUUAAAUGGUUCAGUAAUUUUAAAUGUUUUAAGCUUUAAUAACAAAAUAGUUCAUAUUGGACAUGGUGAAGGGGUUUUGAUAUAUGGAGAAAUGAAAUCCUCAGGGAAUUCCUAUAGAUAAAAAUCCACAAGCAUUUGUAAUACUAGACUUUUGUACUAAAUUGUAAGUUUACUCAAUAUCUGACUGAUUUAACUUGUAUUUUGUGACUUUUUUUUUUAAAUAAAACUUUAUAAUGUUUUUAGGGGCUUUUGAAAUCUAAGAACUUGUUUUCCUUUAAUAUUUGAAAUUUUUAAAUUAAGUUUUUCUAAUUU